AUGAGGAAGAAAACCAUAGCACACAAGCCUCCUCGUGAAAAGGUGUAUAAACUUCCAUCCAAGCAUUCCACUCGCUCCCAAGACAAAACCUUCACACCUUCACCAUCUCCUCCUACCUCUCCUCCUUGCACUGCUCCCAUGGCGCGAACCAAGACCACGCCAAGGUACCUUGCCCCUACCAAGCCGACACCACCACCGAAAGUCACACCUUCUAAGCCAGGCUCCUCAAAACCUGGUUCUUCGAAGCCUAGCUCCUCCAAGGGCAUACGUCCGGCGGCUGAGGAACUAGUUUCCGAACCAACACAACCCAAAUCCAGGUCGGUUCUUGUGCGCUCUCAACGAGUGAAACAACAAAAAGGACUAACUAGAUCUGAAAGAGUUAUCCUAGAUGAUGAGGAUGAUGACUUUGUCCCUGAGGAUUCUCCUGCUCCUUCCACUGAGGGUACAUCCAUCUCUACUGGGAAGAAAUCUGCCUUGCUGAAUGUGGUCAAAGAUGUAGUCCAGGAGUUUGUUUCUCAAUCAAAUCACUUGAUUACUUUGAGCAAAGAGCAAAGGAAGCUGGCUAGCAAGCAUGAGAACUUCCUAAAGAAAUCAAGGGAUAGAGUGGCUGUGUUCAUGUCCUUCAUCGAUAACCUUCAAGAAGAUGAAGACCCUGUCACUGAUGUUGAGGAGGAAGCUAAUUCAGAAGGGAAUGGUUUUGAUGCCUAG